CUCAUGGAUUUAAUGGUGUGAUACUGGAAGACAACAGAGUAGAAUAGACAGCACUUGUCGCCGUUGGUGGUCUGUAAUUUCCAGGGACCAAGUAUUUUUUGUGCUGCUUGAACUUUGACUUCUUCAACUCUCCCAUCUCCAUAUCUCACUCGGUGAGAGAAUAGUACCUAACGACCAAAAUUCUCUCCUUUAAAGUUCUGAUAAAUUGUUGUUCUUGUGCUUUACGUCUUUGAUCAAUCCUUACGUCGGCUCUCAUUCAUACUUCCAUGGCUUUAUCACUUUGUUUUUUCGCUUUCCUAUGUCUGAUCUUAUUUCCUGAUCAUGUUGCUCAAUCUCAAAACGUUGAAUUCGUCUUUCAUGGAUUCGAAGGUCAGGAAACAAAUCUCACCACACGGGGAGCCUCUAUUAUCGAGCCUACUGGUUUACUUCGGAUCACCAAUCGAUCAAACUUCGCUACAGGCCAUGCAUUCUAUACCAAACCCGUCCCGAUCAUUAACAGGAGUAGUUCUUCUUCUUCAUCCCCAAACGCUUAUUCUUUCAGCACAUCUUUCGUUUUUUGCAUAAUCCCCCCAGGCUCCGGCAGAGGUGGUCAUGGUUUUGCUUUCAUUUUGUCUCCCUCCAAGCAACUUCCUGGAGCUCAGGAUGAGCAUUACCUUGGAAUUUUCAAUGAAUCCAACGAUGGAAAUUCUUCCAAUCAUAUAUUUGCUGUUGAAUUUGAUACGGUUAAAGGGUAUAACGAGCCUUCCGAUUCUGAAGGAAACCAUGUGGGGAUCAACAUCAAUGGCAUGUUAAAUUCCGAGGCAACUAGACCAGCUGCUUAUAGUGAGAAGGGCAAUGAACAAAACGAAAGAGAUAUUAAAUUGGAGAGCGGUGAUCCUAUUCUUGCCUGGAUAGAAUAUGAUGGCCAGGCAAAAGUUGUGAAUGUAACAAUAUCUCCAGCAACGAAAGCGAAACCGAGCAAACCCCUCAUUACUCUUGAAAAAGAUCUGACUUCGAUUCUUUUGGAUAGCAUGUAUGUUGGUUUCUCCGCAUCAACGGGCGAUAAAUCAAGCUCUCAUUACAUCUUGGGAUGGAGUUUUUCGACGAAAGGAGUUGCUCCUCCACUAAAUCUUUCACAACUUCCGGAGCCACCUCCAAAGGAGAAAAGUGAUCCAUCAUCUUUCAAACCCCAAGUUACUGCAGUGAUUGCCACUUUAUCUGUUUUAACGAUUAUUUUGUUGGGAAGCCUGUUUGUUCUCACCUUGUACAAAAGAGGGGCGCAUGCGCGGCAUGAGAUUCUCGAGGAUUGGGAGUUGGAUUGCCCUCACAGGUUCAAAUACAGGGAUCUUUAUGCAGCGACCAAGGGUUUCGAAGAGAGUGAGGUUAUUGGAGUUGGAGGCUUCGGUGCAGUCUACAAAGGUAUUUUACCUGCGACUGGAAGCGAAGUUGCAGUAAAGAAGAUAGUGCGUACCUCAACCCGUGGAAUGAGAGAAUUUGCAGCUGAGAUUGAGAGCUUGGGGAGGUUGAGACACAAGAACUUGGUCAAUCUCCAAGGUUGGUGCAAGCAUAAAAACGAUCUGCUUAUAGUCUACGACUAUAUUCCAAACGGUAGCCUCGAUUCACUCAUUUACAAACCCAAAAACAACUUUGUUUUGAGUUGGGAAAAAAGAUUCAGCAUCCUGAAAGGCAUAGCUUCUGGAUUACUAUAUCUGCACGAGGAAUGGGAGCAAGUGGUAAUCCACCGAGACGUGAAGUCCAGCAACGUGUUGAUAGAUGGUGAAAUGAAUCCUCGGCUAGGCGACUUUGGCCUUGCCAGGCUAUAUGAUCAUGACAAGUUGUCACACACCACCAAUGUCGUCGGCACGAUCGGAUAUAUCGCGCCAGAAUUGGCUCGUUCCGGCAAGGUAUCCACAAGUUCCGAUGUGUUUGCAUAUGGGGUUUUGCUCCUUGAAGUGGCCACCGGGAGAAGACCAGUAGAGUCGAGCAAUUUCAUUUUGGUGGACUGGGUAAUGGAAAGCUAUCAAAUGCGUCAAAUUCUGGACCCAGUUGAUCCAGGGUUGAACACCAUUUACGUGGUUGAAGAGGUAGAGUUGGUUUUGGAAUUGGGUUUACUUUGUUCCCAUCCCAGGCCAGGAGCUAGGCCUACCAUGAGACAAGUUACACGGUAUCUCAGUGGGGAUGAACCGCUUCCCACCAUUAAUGAUGACUGGAGUUCUCUCGAUUCUCAUGGCUUCAGUGAAAUGAACUCGAGAAUGUUAGAAGGCAUUUCUAUCACAAAUUCCUAUCUUUCGUCAAGUACCAAUGGGGGCAUCUCUACCAGUUCCAUAAACCGUGGAAGAUAGUAAUUACUACUUAGUCAGCAGGCCAUGCAGGAGGGUCUUCUUUGUUUUUUGUUAAUAGUCCUGUACUAAUUUUUCUUUUCAUUUUUUAGGCAUGCAUACCCAGCUUGUAUAUAUAUGGGCUAGUUUCAAAUACAUACCAAUUAAUUAUGAAAGUCA